AUGCAUAUACAAAUCGAACGGUUUGAUGAUGAACUGGAGGAUUUGAUUAAGAAAGUGUACAACAAUCCAUUUCGUAGUUUUGUUAAAAUGAAUGGCGUAACGAUGUCAGAAACACAUAAAAAGUUUUCGGACGCCAUUGAGAAUUUCCAAGUUCGUGACGACGACGUCUGGGUUUGCAGCAUUCCGAAGUCCGGCACGACUUGGACGCAGGAAAUGGUUUGGUGCAUCGCGAAUGAUCUAGAUUAUGAAAGAGGAAAAAUUUCCCUGACGGACAGAUUUCCUUACUUCGAUCUUUCGGCGCGUUCCGAAUGGCCCGCAAUAUUGAAAGCCAAUCCUGGAAUCCAAAUACGCAGAGAAAUGGUUGACAGUGUCAAUUAUGUAGCCGAUUUACCCAGUCCGCGAUUCAUCAAGACCCAUUUACCAUUCAAAUUUCUUCCGCGGCAGUUGAGGACCGGGGAGAAGAAACCAAAAAUUAUUUACAUCGCUCGCAACGCCAAGGAUACUUGCAUCUCUCGCUAUCAUUACUGUAGAAUUACGGAAAAUUUGCAAGGGAGCUUCGAGGAUUGGUGCAAUCUGUUUCUUCAAGGUGGUGUGAUGUACGGACCAUACUGGAAGCACGUGCUUGGUUACUGGGAGCAGAGAAUCGAAGAUAAUGUGCUGUUCUUGAAGUACGAGGAUAUGAAACAGGAUUUACCGAGUGUGAUAAAGAAGACUGCGACGUUCCUCGGAAAGAAUUUGACCACCGAUCAGUUGUCAUCUCUCACCGAGCACUUGAGUUUCGAAAGUAUGAAAUUAAAUCCAGCGGCGAACAACGAAGAUCUCAUUCAUCUAAUGAAGGAAAUUACGCCAUCGAAAUUCGAGGGAAAAUUCAUGAGAAGUGGUAAGAUCAACCAAUGGAAGUCCGAGAUGACUCCGGAUAUGAUCGAACGAUUCGACCAGUGGACGCGAGAAAAUUUGAAGGGAACUGGCUUGUCCUUUUGAAGAGGAUGUUGCGUACAAUAUUUGCCCUUCAUAUCGUAACGAAAACCGCCAUUACGCCAAAGCGUAACCAGCGCAUUUGGUU